AUGGCAGCGCGAGGCGCGGGCCCGUGGCUGCUGCUGGCGGUGCUGCUGCUGCGCGCGGCGGCGGAGCCGGAGCCGCGCUGCCCGUCGUGCUCGGAGCGGCGGCUGCUGGAGGAAGCGGCCAAGCGGCAGCUGCUGGACAAGCUGCGGCUCCGCGAGCGGCCGCGGCUCGCGCACGCCGUGCCCCGGGCCGCCCUGGCCCGCGCCCUGCGUCGCCUGCAGGCGGCCGGUACCCGCCGCGGCCCCGAGCGCGACGAGCGGGGCUACGAUAUCAUCAGCUUCGCGGAGCCAGAGCCCAUGUCACCCUCCCACACCAGGCUGCGCUUCCAGUUCAGCGGAAUGCAAGACCAGGACAUUCACCUCCUGGAGGCCCAGCUCUGGCUCUACCUUAGAGUUCCUCGAGACCUGGUAGCCAACCUCACCCUGAGUGUCUUUCUUGCUGGUGAGGAAGGUGACUUGGCCAGGGGCAAUCGCACACUGUUGGGCGAGAGGCAACUGAGUGCCAAGGGCAGUGGCUGGUGGACCUUUUCCCUCAUGCCUGGCCUCCAGAGCUUCUUUGACGGAGAGCACAGGACUCUGUGGUUGGACCUAGAAAACCUUGUGGACAGGGGCAAUAACAUGGCUGUGAUAAAUGCUAAUCGGUCCCACCAGCCUUUCCUCGUGGCCAAGGCAAAGGUGCAGGAGCUGGAUCACCAUGUAGCCAAGCGCAGCCUCCGCUGCAGCCAGAACUCUAACCUCUGCUGCCGCAAGGACUAUUACGUGGACUUCCGAGACAUUGGCUGGAAUGACUGGAUCAUUAAACCUGAGGGCUACCAGAUAAACUACUGUGUGGGCCAGUGCCCUCUGCACGUGGCGGGCAGCCCUGGGAUGGCCUCUUCCUUCCACACAGCUGUCUUCAACCUUGUCAAAGCUAAUAACAUCCAGGCAUCAGGGCACUCCUGUUGCGUGCCCACACGGCGCCGGCCACUUUCGGUCCUCUACUUCGACCGCAACAGCAAUAUUGUCAAGACUGAUAUCCCUGACAUGAUCGUUGAUACCUGUGGCUGUAGCUAGGGAUAGGGGAGCCAUGUUAAUACCUCCUACCUCCCCCAGGAACAGCUUUCUGGGCACUUGGGGUCAGGGGAAGUUUCUCCCUUCAGUUGGAUUGUGGUGUGACGGACCCACGUGGGAAGCUUGGGGGUGGGGGGGAUGCUCAUCUUGGGCAUCGCCUCAGGUCUGGGAGCUGUGGGGACACAUGGACCAGAGCAAGGCCACCUUGCACUGCCUGGGUCUGAGCUGUGUGCAAUUAGUGGCUCUGGACAUAUCUGCCCUGAUGCAGCGUUCCUGGUGUGUGGAGCUGAUCCCACACCUCUGGGGGAUGCAACCCCUCUGGGCAUGGACUGGGAGGGGGGGGGGACCUGCCUUGCUCAUGUUCAUGGGGUCUGGUUGCAGUUUGAGACCCAGUUCCUUGGGAGCAGAGCAGGGUGGGGUGGAGAAAUGAGUUGGUUUUCCUCCAAGCAGGAAAAUGAGGCAGGAAAAAGCAGUCCUGCUUCUCUCCACCGCAAUAAAACUUGCACCAAAUGUGGGCUAUAGUGUGGGAUGGAUGGAGCGAGGCACCAAUACCAGAUUUGAAAGGUGAGGGUGGAGACUGUCAGUGAACCCCCAAAAUGCAGUGACUAGACCCAGUCCCUGAUCCCAGAAGGACACAAGGCUGUGAAGGAAGGUGUUGCUUCCUAACCAGUCUCCCUCCUGUAUCCCCUUUCAUUCCCUGGGAUGGGUGGACCUUUCCUGCACCCCUUUGGGUUCUUCCAGCCCAGUGCCUCCAUAUAGGAGGCUAGAGUCAGAUUUUUGCCUUAGAGACUGUACUAAAGGUGCAGUUUUAUUUGCAACUUUACAAUUGCUACUAUUUUAUUGUGGAGGUUUCUGCAGCUGUUGGGACUCUUUCGUCAUCUGUCUUGUCUGCUCAUC